UAUCAUUAUUUUUACUUUCAGAAGUAUUGGUAAUAAAAUAAAUAAUUUUUUAUAAAAUAUAUAUAAAUAAUUCAAGCUAAAAUAAAAAUAAAAAUUCAAAAAAAAAAAGAAAAGAAAAGAAAAGAAGUAGAGAUAUGUUAUUGUGAAGUAGGUAGGAUAGGAUAAUUUAACGGUCCCUCUAUUUACCUUCCCAAGUUCCCCGAAACCAAUGGCGCCAAAACCUCAGCAUAUGUAACAGAACACAAAAAGAUGUCAAUAUCAUUUUUAUUAACCCAAAAGGAAAAAAGGAAUUAUUUCAAAAAUAAUACAAAAUUCAUGCAUAAUGCAAAUCCAGAACUUUUUUUCUCUUACAAAAUUAAAUCGACAAUUCAGAUCAUACAUUCCCUUUGCUAAUUUUCACAACAUAGAGAGAAAUGAUCACCACCAAUAUAGAAACAACCAAAGCUGAUAGCCCUACAAAUACUACUCCUGAAAAUUCUGUCAAAGGUGAGAAGAAAAAGAAGUCUAUCAUUCCAAAGAUUUUCAGUUCCAAGCGAAAUUGGAAAGGUGGAUCCAGCUAUGACUUGUUAGUAUCAGAUGGCGAUGAUGAUCUUUUUGAUUUUGAUAAAAAGAUAUCAGCAAGGAAACAAGCAUUCAUAGACUCAUCUCCUACAUUGAGAAAAAGUUUCUCAGAAAGAAAGACUAGUCCUGCAAUUGAAGGCCUGAACCUAUGUAACUUUGAGCAGUCUAUGGCACCAGAAACAGAAAUCAAAGAAUUUAGGAUUUUCGUAGGAACAUGGAAUGUGGGAGGAAGGGCACCCAACUCUGGCCUGAACCUGGAAGAUUUCUUGCAAGUGGAAGGCUGUGCAGAUAUUUAUGUUUGUGGGUUUCAGGAAAUUGUUCCACUCAGUGCUGGAAAUGUACUAGUGAGUGAAGACAAUGAACCUGCUGCAAAAUGGCUAGCUCUGAUAAACCAUGCACUUAACAAGCCGCGGCCCGACCUUGAUUCAACACCCAUUUCAAGAUUCCUUAUAGCCAACAAUGUCAAAGAUUCAAAGCCGCAUAACUUCUUUAAUAAAACUUCUCUCAAAGUCCUUAGCAAAAGUUUGAGGGUAGACAGUAGUCUUAUCAAAGUCUGCAAUUGUCCUGUGGAAUCCCCAUCCCGUGAAAGACACAGACUAAGAAAGCUUAAUCACUCCAUGAAAAGAUUAGACCCUGGAGUUCCUCGUCAUCAGGAUAACUUCCCUAAUGGCUAUCCAUAUACAGCUGAUAUGCCUACCUUGCCUUGCGCACCCGCACAGAUGUCUUACAGCCUAAUAACAAGCAAGCAAAUGGUCGGCAUUUUCGUCUCGGUUUGGGCUAGAAAAGAGUUGGUGCCUCACAUUGGCCAUCUCAGAGUCUCUUCUGUAGGAAGAGGAAUAAUGGGUUGCCUUGGCAACAAGGGAUGUAUAUCAGUAAGCAUAACAUUACACAGAACGAGCCUCUGCUUUGUGUGCUGUCACUUGGCUUCUGGGGAAAAGGAAGGAGAUGAGCUAAGGAGAAACGCUGAUGUAGCUGAGAUCAUAAGAAGCACACUGUUCCCCAAGAUUUGCAAGAAUUCAAAUCCUCGAGGCCCAGAAAGAAUAAUUGAUCAUGACCGGAUAAUUUGUCUUGGAGAUCUUAAUUAUCGAGUAGCUUUGAGCUAUGAGGAAGCAAGAAUUCUGUUGGAGGGUAACGACUGGGACGCAUUACUAGAGAAAGAUCAGUUGAAUAUGGAGAGAGAAGCAGGGAGAGUAUUUAAUGGAUUUUCUGAAGGAAGGAUCUUAUUUGCUCCCACUUAUAAGUAUUCACAUAAUUCGGACUCUUAUGCUGGAGAAACUGUAAAAUCCAGGAAGAAACGAAGAACCCCAGCAUGGUGUGACAGGAUAUUAUGGCGCGGAAGAGGCAUCGAGCAGUUAUCAUAUAUUCGAGGAGAAUCAAGAUUCUCUGAUCACAGACCGGUUUGUGCUGUCUUUGCAGUGGAGGUGGAAGCAAGGAAUAGAAGCAACGGCAGGUUCAGAAAGGGUUACUCAUGUGCAGCUCAAAGAAUGGAAUACGAAGAUUGCAUACCUCAAAGACAUAGCUUUUAUGGGCUCUAAUGAAAUCGUGAAAGUAGUCAUAUGUCCUUAGUUUUUUCCCUUUUCUAUUUUGUUUUAUUUUAUUUUAUCUUAUUUUUCUGAGGAAGGAAGUUACCUCCUGUCCUAUUUCCUUUUACCCCUGAAA